AUGGUCGGCGAACACACGCGCGAGCAUGCGACGCGGGGGGACGCGAAGGGCGGGCGCGGCGGAGUGGGCGCGCGGAACUCCUGUGGCACAGCGGCAAGCGGGAGCGGGAGUGCCGCUUGCGGAAACUCUGGGGGCGGGGGUGGUCCGCGCUCGCCGCGGCAAGACAGCGGCCGACAGGAGAAUCGUUUUAAGAGCCGUGAUGCGGACGACGCGGAGAGGGAGCGGCGAGCGAAGAAGGCGGAGAGACCAGUGGGUGGUUAUGGUCCUGGCCGUGCGGAUUCAGAUGCGAGAUUAUUGUCCAAGCCUGCUCUAGCCUCCUCUGGUGAGCGACCUCUGCCGACGCAUCAUGGCGAUGAUUUUGAGUCAGUCGCGGGCCAUCACACGCCGGUGAAGGACUUGUCGCAGAUAUCGCACAUGGGUGUGGGACGAGAGGAGGGCAGCCCGGUUUCGGUGCUGGAUGUGGGAUUGCGACGUAGUGACGAGAGCGACUCCGAAUGCAAUAGUGGCGAAUUAUUCGCUGAUCGCUCCGUCAACUCCGUCACAGAGUGCUACCCAGACGCGACCGCCGCACUACGGCAGCCGUCGCACGCGUCGCUCGCGUCUCCCAGCCAACAUGGCGAUGUCGCCGUGGACCUCCUCCGCCUGUCGCCGCAAGACAUCGUCGGUGACGUGGCAGGCAUGGAGCAGGAUCUCGACUUCGCCGUCGGCGCGCAGAACACGUCGGAGGAGCGCCGCCAGCGAAUGCUGCUGUUCGACGCGGUGAACGAAGCGCUGGGCCGCACGCUCGCGCCUUAUCUGGAAGAGCUGCAAGCGCAAAAUGAAAUAAAUGGCUAUUCGGGUCGGCCUUCGCAACUAUUCGCAGAUACUAAUACUGGUGGUGACGGCCUGUGGGAGUUGGAUAACGGUGCGUCGUUUUUCGCCUCUUGCUGCUCCGCAUCGCGCAAGCCCGCGCUUCUCCGUCCGCGCCCCAUCGGCCGCCAGCUGCUGCAGCGCGUGUGGGCGGAGGUGCACAGCUGGCCGGUUGCGCCGUCGGAUGACGUGUACGACAUUCUCGAUGACGCGGCGAGGAGGGAUAUGGUGCGCGGAACCGAGCGCUGGUCCGCGGAGGAAGUCGCAGCUGCGGAGGUUCCGCAAGUAGUGUUUGCGCUAGAAUCCGCGGUGUUGGAGCGCGCGCUGGAGGAGAUUUGCCGCGAGUUUGCGGAAAUUGAGGGAGAGCGCGCGCUGUCGAGACAGCGAAGGCUGAGCGCGAAUGGCGCCGCGGAGGGGGUGUGCGCGGGGAAAGCUCCGGGGGGAGGACUGCGGAAAGGCGGGAGUGGUACUGAGAGAAGGUGGCUGCCCAGGCGGUUAAAUUUCUGA